UUUUCCCUUCUAAGCGUUAGAAACUCGGUGAACCGUCGUACGUCUAACCGCGGACUACACGACAUCUUGGAGCGUGCGGCGGGACGAGUGAGUGCGCGAGCCGCCGUCAACAUCCGUCAACGUGUGUGAAGUGGCCUGGUGUGCAGUAGGGUGAAAAAGCCAGACACACAGUUCUCUAGUGUUGCUUGGUUGCGGGCGCGGGCGCGGGCGCCGCUCGGGGCCUCGCACCGUCUCCGUCCAACCAGUUUCGGCUCCGCGGCGCGUGCCCUUUCCCUCUUGCUUUCGUCGCGCGAGCGCCGACCGUUCGCUCCUGCUCGCUCGCUCGCUCUCGCCCAGCGGAGUUUUCACUACGGCGCGCGCGACAAACACGUACGCGCGGUGUGCGUGGAGAUACGCGAGAGGAACGACAGACGGACGCGACCGGCCCGUCGUAUAUCUGCCGGAGCGAAUCGGAGAAUCCCGGAGAUCGUGGAAAAAUUCCUAGAUAAUGGAGAGCUCCGCGGAUAUCGCGGACUGAGGUGAUCGGUCGUAAUUUCUUUUUUUUUUUUUCUUUCUUUUUUUUUCCCUUUUUUCCCUCGUUACACACAUCUUUACGGAGAAGUGGUGGAAGUGUUCUAAACGGAAGGAGGAGCAAGCGAGAGGCAGCGAGAGAGAAGAAGAGAGAGAGAGAGAGAGAGAGAACGAGAAGAAAAAGAAUAACAGAUUAGGUUAGGCUAAACUCACAUCCUUUCCCCUCCUCCCUCCACUCCUGCGCUGCGGCACCAGACGCUCUGUCUCACUUCGAUGUGCACGCCCGCUUCCGUCUGACUUACGCACGCCUAGAGGGGGGGGGACGAGGACGGCAUGAUAGAGAGAGAAAAGAAGGAACUGAGGAAAGAGAGUGUGGACAGUGCGAGAUUAGAGGAUCCGAGGGAAAACGGCAGAAAAACACAAAUGCCGAUCGCCGAUGGAACUCUGGUCUCUGAAUCGACGGCGGCGACUCACCACGCAUCUCUCGCAACUGUCAUGUUACGUUUCGUCGAUAGACUUUCAGGGAAGCGGCGGCACGUGCGCCGGAGUUCAGGCCCAGGUGGUGCCGUCCAUGCUGCCGAGGAAACGCAAGAAGGAAAGGUCAACGAUAGAGGAUGCGAGACGGACGGGAUACUAAUCGAGGAGAUUAGCUCGUCGGUGGCAAAGAGCAAAGCUUUCUGUGACGACAGCGGCGACACUCGCCACUAUCGUUCGCCACAACCUUAUUUCCACCAUCUUCGUUACCGUAGUCAUCGUCAUCCGUCGUCACAUCGACGGUAUCAUCAUCGAAGGGACGACGCGAAUAACAACAGCGAUAGCGGCGAUGAUCAGAUGGACGAGAGUGACGUGAAUGACGACGAUGACGAACGCGACAACGACGAGGAUGGUGACGAUAACGACGAUGGCAGCAACGGCAACAAUGACGGCGAUAACGACAACGACGAAAGCGACGGUAACGACGACAACGACGAUGACAACGACGAUGACGAUAACAACGACAGCAAGAUGUGUCUCAAGCGUCUCCAUCCUCGCCUUCAUCGAUUUUACGAUCAACGAUCUUGCAGAAACGGCGACGUCGACGCCGAAGUCAACGUCGAUCAUAUUGAAGUCCAUCGAACCGAGACGACGACUGUUCAUCCUCUCGUACGAACCUCGCCUAUCACAACCACCGCCGCUACCACCGUCGCUAACUCGUCUGUCGUCACUGCCAUGGCGAGAGGAUGCAAAAUUCCACCAUACAUUACGACUAUACUAUUUCUCUCCUACACCCUCUUCGGCAUAGCAGAUGCUUGCUCGUCGCGUUCAACCCCGAAACCAAGGCCGCCAGCGUCGACGGAUCGGCCGAAUGUCACAUUCCACAUGUACACGUGUCCACAGGAUUAUGCAGAAUGGUACUGCUUGAACGGUGCCACGUGUUUUACCGUAAAAAUUGUCGACUCCCUUCUAUACAAUUGUUUAUGCGCCCAUGGAUUUAUCGGGCAAAGAUGCGAGUUUAAAGAUUUGGAUGGUUCCUACUUACCCUCACGGCAACGAGUAAUGUUGGAGACAGCCAGCAUCGCCGGCGGUGCCACAAUAGCAGUAUUCCUUGUUGUUAUCAUUUGUAUAACAGCUUACAUUCAUUGUAAACGAAAACAGAAGGAAUUACGGUCGAGCAAUAACUGCGUCGACACGGUAGAUGGUCCUGGCCGAGAUCCGGAGUUGAGGCCGUUUAGCAACCGCAGCCGUUCUCUUAUGAGCUUCAUGGCCAAGAAUUCUAACAACUCGGCGACAAUAGAGCAAACAAGAAUGCCCAAUUGGAAUUGUCCAGAAGAAUCGAUGAAGAUGGCAUCCAUCAGCGAAAACAAGUAUUCGAGCCAAUAACGAAUCAUGUGACAAUGAUUCGUUAUCGAUGACAUUUUUCGAAAUCUACGAAAGAUCGUCGAAUCAACUACUUGUAGCUGAAGGUUCGAGAUAUCUUGAACAGCGGCCUUUAGUAAUCUUUAUUAUUAGCGAACUUGUUGGGAAUAUUCCAACUAUUAUUUGAUUCAGCGAAUGAUCGAUCAUCUUAACGCGAUAUUGAAAAAAUAAAGCGAAUAUCAAAUAUAAUAUUAAUGAUUUCUGAGCUGAUGACAUGUAUCGACACGACAAUGUCGGCUUCCUUUGACUAUUAUAUCGUUACGUCGAGACAUUCCCAUAUUGUCGCACUCGUAUUCUCCGUUUCAUCGAAGGGUUUGUUAGACGCUCGUAUGAUCUUUAUAAUAAAUCAUCCAUGAAGAAUAAAUCUUUCGUCCAAGAUUUAAAAACGGAAAAAACUUUGCAUGAAUAAUGUGAUAUUCGAAAAUGAAAUAUUAUUUCCGUAGAUUCUUCUGUGAAAGUGACAGAUUCGUGACCAUUGAAUGUUGUUUUACGCAAACAUUUGUAUAGUAUCGUGUCUUAUUGUCAUCACUCAUUAUCAACGAAGGAAAAAAAAUGAUGGACUCAACAGUUGCAAAAGUAGUGCCUUUCUACUCUUGUUUGUAAGAAAGCAAAUAAUUAUGAUAUAUCUGAUCAAGAAAGAUCAAAUAGGAAAAAAGAAAGAGAAGGAAAGCGAAAGAGAAAAAGAGAAAACCACCGUCUAUUUCUUUCACUAAAAUUCGCGACGAGCGUCGUCCAAUUGCUAAUCGUGUUACGAGCGCAGGACGCUGAUACACGCUAGUGACGAAAUCUACUUGUAAAACACGAAAUUAAUAGCAGUAAAGCGCUAAUAGUAAACAAGGUAAAACCUUUGAUCCUUGGUACGCGUGCUAUUCAUUCCUAAUCCUAUUUUGCCUCAAUCCUAAUUUUGUUUGUUAUUCAUGAAAGACUUUAAUCUGGUAUACUUCCAGAUUUAUAUGAUAAACGUAAAUGCGUUCUAUGAUAUCUCACGUUCUCGUCGCAAAAGUCUAGUACAUAGCGAUAUAUAUAUUUAUCGACUUACAUUCUACUUUUAUUAAGUCCUUCCAAAGAAUGUUCGUGAACGCGAUUGAUCGUACCAUUAGUAUCAAAGGAUUAAUGAACAUAUGUGUCUUAUAUAGAAAUAUCUAAGAUUUAAAUUUAGAUUAAAUCCGAUGUCUUACCAGAAAACAAUAGUUCCCUAAACACAUAUGCAUAUACAUUUUGCCGCUAAAAAUAGAGAUGCUAUUUAUUACUAAUUGGUUGAAAAGUCUAUUGACGUCAGAUCGCCAUCCGGCGUUAUACUGUUAUAUAUUGACAAAUAUUUUCUCAAGACGUUUUGCCCUUAUAACGAAAUAUCAUUUACCAAAUCUUAGGCAUACAAAAAUGACGUACUUCUAGUGAAUCGGUUUUUGUGUUCCCAUGUCUGUAACCAAGCAGUAAAAAUUGAAAACAGAAUUAAAAGCGGCGCUAUUAUUAUAAAAUAGAGCGACAAACACGGUAGAAUAAUAAAUUGAAUAAUUUUGUGAAUGCAAAUCAUAAUUUGCUUAAUUUCACGAUAGAAAAACUUAAUAAUUUAUUUCAUCUAUUUAGAUGCAAGAAAAUUCAAUAUGGAAUUCAAGGAAUUUCUGACACUUCUAUUUAUCUCGUUUCCAAAACAAUGAAAUCAUUGCUGAAUGAUAUAGACAUAUAUCAUUUUAGAUGUUAAUUUCGAUUAAUUUCCUAUUAAUAUUCAUAUCAUGUAGGAAAUGAAGGAGUAACAUGCUAAAAUUGUUGAAUUGUUUGGGAAAUAAAAAAUGAGAAAAACGCUAUAUUAUCUAAUCUCAAAUUAUAUUGAUCAUGCAUUGUUCUCUCUUGUUUUGUUACUUAUUUAUUUAGAUAAAAGGCUUAGUGUCUGAUCUCAUACGCAAUUAUAACCAAAUUUAUGAUUUCGCU